AUGACCUCCAGACCUACCACUCUCAAACAACCCAUCGCGCUGCGAACAGAAUAUCUCGCCCCCAACACAACAACUAUCCGUGUGAAACAGCACAGCAAAAGCUGGUCGGCAGGUGAUUUCACCGUCUCCACGGUUCCGACCGCCAACUCCCCCGCCCAGACUCUUUUCACCGUAGACGGGGACUUCGCCUCCGUCAGCCAGCGCCGGCGCGUCCAAGACGCAACAGGUCUGCCGCUCUUCGAGAUCUCCCGUAAACGACUCGGCGUGACGUGGUUUGUUCAUCUACCAGGUGGCAGAGAGAAAGACGAUCCCCGGCCCAUAGCCACCAUUGUUCCCCAGUGGCAUGCCCUCAAGGACAAGUUUGAUGUCCACUUCAAGAAUGCGGCCCGGGGGGGAGUGGGGCACGGAGAGAUUAUUCUGAACGUGCGCGGUCAGGAUAUUUGGAAGUCCAGAGCACAUGUGUACCAUGGGGAUGUCUUGGUAAUGACCUCUAAGUUGAAGGAUAUGGUCUCGGUGUAUAUACCGGGGAAAGGACCGGAGUGGGAGAUUGAAGUCGCCGAGGGAAUGGAUCUUUCGCUCGCAUCAGUUAUUGGGGUUCUUCUGGCAACUAUGCUUUACCAGGGCAGCGGUAAAGGGAAGGCACCGAAGCCUUCUGGCGAAGGUGUAGAUCCUGCUUUUGGGGGUAGACCUAGUCAAGACCCUCAUGAGGGGUCCAAGAUUCAGAACCUCGACCCGACCCUCGGAUGA